AUGAAGUUCUCCAUCUCAUUCGCCAUUGCCGCGCUCUACGCCGCUUCAUCUGUUAACGCUGCUCCUUGCGGUAUGCCUGGAUCCGAUACCACAUCUCUUGGUGGUCCUCAUACCAUUAACGACAACGUUUUCCCCCAUGGUGGUGACGAUCAUAACACCCAAGUUAACAAUGCCCACACUGGCUCUAGCGCUAAUGGCCCCGUUGCUGUUAAUGCUCUCAACGAUCUUUCUCUCUUGUCCGAUGUUAGCAAGGGAGCCCAGAGCACUCAGGUCCAAAACACUCGUCGUGAUACCGGUUCUCAAAUCAACAACGCACAAGAUGGUUCUCAUGCUGAAGGUGUCAUUGCUGCUAAUGCUCUCAAUGAUGCCUCUGUUUUGGCUCAAGUCUACCAUGAGCUCGCCAAUACUCAGGUCCAAAACACUCGUCGUGAUACCGGUACCCAAGUCAACAACGCCCAAGAUGGUUCUUCUGCCAAAGGUGUCGUUGCUGCCAACCUUCUCAAUAAUCUCUCCGCUUUAUCUAAUGUGAAGCAUCAAACCGGAAGUACCCAAGUCCAACAUGAUCGUCGUGAUCGUGGUACCCAAGUCAACAACAGCGGCAAUGGCUCCAGUGCUAACGGUGUCGUUGGUGUCAAUGCUCUCAAUGAUGCCUCUGUUUUGAGCAACGUCCACAAGACAAACAAGAACGUCCAAGUCCAACAUGAUCGUCGUGAUCGUGGCACUCAAGUCAACAAUGCUGGCCAAGGAUCCAGUGCUAACGGUGUCAUUGGUAUCAAUGCCCUCAACGAUGCCUCUGUUUUGAGCAACGUCCAAAAGGGCAGCAAGAAUGUUCAAGUCCAACAUGAUCGUCGUGACACUGGUACCCAAGUCAACAACGCUGGUACAGGCUCAAGUGCCAGUGGUGUCAUUGCUGCCAAUGCUCUCAAUGAUCUUUCUGCUUUGAGCAACGUCCGCAAGGGUAGCAAGAAUGUCCAAGUCCAAAACGAUCGUCGUGAUUUCCCCUUCGGUGAUGAUGAUGAUGAUGAUCGCUACACUCAAGUCAACAAUGCCCAUGAUGGUUCUUCUGCUUCAGGCGUCAUUGCUGCCAACCUUCUCAAUGAUCUUUCUCUUUUGUCUCAGGUGGAUCAUGAGACCGGAAAUACCCAAGUCCAAUAUGAUCGUCGUGAUCGUGGCACCCAAGUCAACAACGCUGGCCAAGGCUCAAGUGCCAAUGGUGUCAUUGCUGCCAAUGCUCUCAAUGAUCUUUCUGCUUUGAGCAACGUCCGCAAGGGUAGCAAGAAUGUUCAAGUCCAAAACGAUCGUCGCGACUACCCCUUCGGUGAUGAUGAUGAUGAAGACAUCCAAGUCAACAAUGCCCAUGAUGGCUCUAGUGCUAGCGGUCCCGUUGCUGUUAAUGCUGCCAACGACCUCUCCCUUUUGGCUGAUGUGGCCCAUGAAUCCGAGAACCUUCAAGUCCAACAUGAUCGUCGUGAUCGUGGCACCCAAGUCAACAACGCUGGUCAAGGCUCCACUGCCAAUGGUGUCAUUGCUGCCAAUGCUCUCAAUGAUCUUUCUGCUUUGAGCAACGUUCGCAAGGGUAGCAAGAAUGUCCAAGUCCAAAACGAUCGUCGUGAUACUGGCACUCAAAUCAACAACGCCCAUGAUGGCUCUAGUGCUAGCGGUCCCGUUGCUGUUAAUGCUGCCAACAACCUCUCCGCUUUGUCUGAUGUGGCCCAUGAAUCCGAGAACGUUCAAGUCCAAGAUGAUUAA